AUGCGUUUACAUUUAGGUCUUUUAACUGAAGAUCUUGCUCAUCGUUUUAUGGUUUCUAUUUGUGUGGUGAGUUCAGUAUUUAUAACUUGGAUAAAACUUCUUUCUCUUGAAUUAAAAUGGCUUAUACAUUUUCCUGACAGAAAUAAUAUAAAGAGAAAUUUACCAACAACGUUCAGGAAAUACUACCCAAAAUGCUCAAUAAUAAUUGAUUGUAGUGAGCUUUUCAUUGAAACACCAUCAAGUUCGGAUACUGCUGCAAGUUGUUGGUCAAAUUAUAAACAUCAUCAUACUGUAAAAUAUUUGGUUGGAAUAACACUAAAUGGUGCAACUUCUUUUUUAUCAAAUUGUUAUGGUGGAAGAGCUAGCGGUGUUUUUAUUGUUAAAGAUUGUGGAAUUUUAAAAUGCUUACAACCUGGAGAUCAAGUUAUAGGAGAUAGAGGUUUUAAAAUAAAAGAACCACUAGCUUUUUACCAGUGCAAUUUAGCUAUUCCUUCAUCAAAACACACGAAUUUGCAAAUUACAUCUAAUGACGUGCGGGAAACCUCAAAAGUUGCAAAUGUUCGAAUUUAUGUAGAACUAGCCAUAGGGCGUAUGAAGAACUUUCGUUUUUAA